AUGGAAACCGCGGCAUUCUCCGCCUCCUGCGCGCGGGUCGCGCGGCUUUCCUCCCCGCCAUGCGUCUCCCCGCGUAACCCCUUCCCGCCGCGUGCGAUCUCCGAGGGUGCAAAAACCAUGAGCGCCAUCAGCGUAGCCACGUCCUCGUGCAAUGCCACGCCAGCACGCAGUCAGCACCACGCGUCCGUCCGGUGCCACGUAGUAAACGGCCGCUCCAGUGGCAUCCAGUUGUCACCAACUCCUGACGUCACCGAGGCAGCCGUGCGGAGCGACGGUGCGACGGGCCACGUGUCCGAUGCUGAUAGGCGGCAGCAGACAGUGGCGGCAAUCGCGGCGUCGGGGAUCGUGGCGUGCGUGCGCGCCGACAGUGCUGACGUGGCGCUCUCCGCUUCUCGUGCUGCGCUCUCCGCGGGGAUCCGAGUGCUUGAGGUCACAUGCACAACCCCUGGCGCUUUCCAGGUCAUUGCAUCACUAGUCACGGAGUUCCCACAUGCCACCAUAGGGGCGGGCACAGUUCUCUCAAUGCAAGACGCCAUGGCAGCUCAACGUGCUGGUGCUCGCUUCCUCAUGAGCCCUGCCACUGAUGCGGAUAUAGUGGCAGCACAUGCAGCAGGUCCCAUGGUCUUCAUACCCGGUGCCAUGACUCCCACCGAGAUCCUCUCAGCGUCGCGCCUUGGAGCUCCCCUGGUCAAGCUAUUCCCAGCGCCCUAUGCAGGGGGGCAGGCACUGGUGAGGGCCAUGCACCGAGCAGUGCCCUCCAUCGGGAUAGUGCCGGCACAUGGCAUUCAGAUGGCAUCCCCCGCAUCUCCCGCUCCGCCCGCCUCCUUUUCCCGCACCUUCGCCUCCAAUCCGAAGCUCCAUCUCCCGCCGCUCGAACCGAAAUUCGCGCGGCUCGCGCAGGACGUUCUGGACGGCAAUCUGCACGCGCUGAGCCGCGCGAUCACGCUCUGCGAGUCCGUGCGCGAGUCGCACCGCCCGCAGGCCGCGGCGCUGCUGCAGCACGUGCUGGAGGCGGUGCGCGCGCGGAAGGCGCAGGCGGGGAAGGCUAGGGAUGGAAUCUUCAAGAUCGGAAUCACGGGGCCGCCCGGCGCGGGGAAAUCGUCGCUGAUCGAACGUGCGUCUGCUGGGGAUGAGGAGUAUAGGAUCAGACGCGGCAGAGAGAGAGGGGGAAAAGAUAUAGGAGAAGCCUGCACGUGCACGCAGUUGAGGACAGCAGCCGAGUACCCGUGCCUGGGCAUGCACGCGGUGGAGAACGACAGGCGAGUAGCCGUGCUGGCCAUCGACCCGUCACCGCACAGCAGGGGAGGGUCCAUCUCACUCCCCCCAUCCCUUUCUCCAAACCUGCCCCCAGGCCUGGGCAUGCACGCCGUUCAGGACGACAGGCGAGUGGCAGUAUUGGCCAUCGACCCAUCGUCACACAGCAGCGGGGGGUCCAUUCUGGGAGACAAGACGCGCAUGGAGCGCCUCUCCGCGCACCCCUCCGCGUUCAUCCGCCCCACGCCCUCGCGCGGAGAGGUGGGGGGCCUCGCGCGCAACACUGCUGACGCCGCGCUGCUGUGCGAGGCGAGUGGGUGUGACGUGCUACUGGUGGAGACGGUGGGGGGCGGGCAGGCUGACGUGGCAGUGGCGCAGAUCACAGACAUGGUGCUGCUGUUGCUGCCGCCCGCUGGGGGCGACGAGCUGCAGGGCAUCAAGAAAGGAGUGGUGGAGAUUGCCGACCUGGUGGUGGUGAACAAGGCGGAUGGCGCAAUGGAGGGGGCGGCGCUGGCAGCAGUGGGCGAGUACAGCAACGCGCUGCACUUUGUGCACCCACGCUAUGACUUCUGGAUGACCCCGGUAGUGGCAUGCAGCACGCGCACAGGGCUGGGCAUAGAGGACGUGUGGAAGAAGAUAGGCAAGUUCCAGGAAGCCAUGCGCUCGUCUGGUGAACUGCAACAGCUGAGGGGCGCUCAGAACAAGGCACUGCUGUGGAGCACCGUGGAGGCAGAAAUACUGUACAAGAGGCAAGCUUCAAGGGCUGAUGAGUAUCAGCAGCAGUACCAGCAGCAGCAGUCGUUUCCUCUCUCCUCCCCCGUCUCUCCCCUCGUCGACCCCCCUGUUGACGGCGAGGCGGCUCUCGGCAAUGCUCUUCUCGCGGCGCAGAAUGCGAUAAUGGGGCUCGUGCGCCUCGUCGACGCCGUCAGCCAGAACCAGCGCGCCAUGAAGCAACAACAGCAGCAGCAGCAGCGCCAGCAGGUCGACACCCUCCACCAGCUUCAGUCCUCCCUCUCGUUCGCCGUCCCCGCUCUCAACGCUCUCUCCCAGGCUCCCGUUUCCGCCCCCCUCCCCGCGCCGCAUCCGCUCAUCGCGCACGACGCGCCCUCUCCGGCACCAUCUGCGGCAACAUCCUUCGCGCCAUCCCCCGCAUCUUCCGAGGGUUCCCAUCCGUCGUCGCUGCCUAUUCUCGAGAAGGUCUUCGCGGGUAAGCGCUCCCGUGGUGGCGACUCCGCCAAGUCUGUCCGCGGAAAGCGCGCCAAGCAGGAGCCGACUUCUCUCGACGCUGCCACGUGGUCGUCGGAGGAGGAAGACAAGGAUUCCGACUCUGAAGUUGUCGUGUGCAACGCGGCGCGCGACCAGGGCCCGCGCUACAAGGGCGUGCGCCAGCGCAAGUGGGGGAAGUGGGUUUCGGAAAUCCGCGAGCCCCGCAAGCGCACGCGCAUUUGGCUUGGCUCCUUCGACUCACCUGAGGAUGCCGCCCGCGCUUACGACGUCGCCGCGCGCCUGCUCCGCGGAUCCAAGGCCUCGCUGAACUUCCCCGGCAGUUUCCAGCUGGUUCCGCUGCCGCCCGCUACCGCCGAGACUCUGCUGAAGGCGAGCCGCGAGGCCGCAAAGAUGUUCGACACGUCAGAAAUCGCCGAUGCGCUCGAGAAAUCCCUGCAGGGUCAGGCCAUCCACACCGCCGGCCUUUCCCUCCCAUUGUCCCCCGCCUCGCCCUCAUCCCCCGUUUCCCCCGCUGCGCCUGCGUCGCCUGCGUUUAUUCCGGAGUUGGAGCCGUCGCACGCAAUGGGCGGAGUGAAGCUGGAGGCGACUGAGAGCGAGACGAGCAGCGAGGAGGACGCGGAGUGCUUGAACUCGCUGCUUGCGGACCUGGCGCCGAUCGAUAACACGGACAACAUCUUCCGCGACAUGCUUGAUGAUUUCGAUGCGUUUGAUGCGUCGCAGAUUGCUGCUUCCGGUGAUGCGGAAUUCUUCGGCGUGUGGGCCAAUUAG